AUGUCACCAAAACACAAGGCUUCAUCUGAGACAACUUUCGAAAUUGCAUGUUGCCUUGCAAUAAUAAUAUUUAAUGAUGGAUAUUUUGCAUUAGGAGAUAUUUUCAAUGGCAUGUGUGGUUAUCGUGGUUAUUAUACUGAUCAAGCAAUGGCACAUUUUGAUAACAAUCGGCUGCAUACAGAAUUAAAAGAAAACAACAGAAAAAGAAGAAAAGAAGCUGGUCGUGUUUUGAUGCAAAAUGAUGAUGAAGAAGAGGACAAUGAUGCAAUAAUUGAUGGUGCUGAUUAA